AUGAGUAUAUGGAACUAUGUGGUGACAGCUCACAAGCCAACGAACGUCACGCAUUCGUGCGUUGGUUAUUUCACCGGUCCGCAAGAGUGCAAUCUCAUCAUUGCGAAAUGCACCCGACUAGAGAUUCAUUCAGUCGCCAGUCAAGGUUUACAGGCUAUGUUGGAUGUGCCAAUAUAUGGAAGAAUUGCUACACUUCAGCUUUUCCGUCCACAAGGAGAAACACAAGACCUUCUUUUUGUUGCAACAGAAAGAUAUAAAUUCUGUGUUUUGCAAUGGGAUGCUGAGGCAGCUGAGGUUAUUACAAGAGCAAUGGGAGAUGUUUCGGAUCGAAUAGGGCGCCCGACGGACAAUGGGCAGAUUGGCAUAAUUGAUCCUGACUGCAGAUUGAUUGGACUCCAUCUCUAUGAUGGAUUAUUUAAGGUUAUUCCAUUUGACAAGAAAGGCCAGCUCAAGGAAGCAUUUAACAUUCGGCUUGAGGAGCUUCAAGUUUUGGAUAUCAAAUUUCUACAUGGUUGUCCGACGCCUACAAUUGUUGUACUUUACCAGGAUAACAGGGAUGCCCGUCAUGUUCAAACAUACGAGGUGGCUUUGAGGGAUAAAGAUUUUAUUGAGGGUCCAUGGUCUCAGAACAAUCUUGAUAAUGGGGCAGAGUUGCUAAUACCAGUACCUCCUCCACUUUGCGGUGUCUUAAUUAUUGGAGAAGAAACCAUUGUGUACUGUAGUGCCUCAGCUUUUAAAGCAAUCCCCAUCAGACCUUCUAUCACAAAAGCUUAUGGGAUGAUUGAUGCCAAUGGUUCUCGCUACCUACUGGGGGACCAUAGUGGUCUUCUUCACCUACUUGUUAUAACCCAUGAAAAAGAGAAAGUAACGGGACUCAAGAUCGAGCUUUUGGGGGAAACAUCUAUUGCGUCAACUAUCUCAUAUCUUGACAGUGGCAUUGUUUAUGUUGGCUCAAGCUAUGGGGAUUCACAGCUUAUAAGGCUCAAUCUUCAGCCCGAUGAAAAAGGUUCUUAUGUAGAAGUUAUGGAAAGGUACGUCAAUUUGGGACCCAUUGUUGACUUCUGUGUGGUUGACUUAGAGAGGCAGGGUCAAGGUCAGGUUGUAACCUGCUCGGGAGCAUAUAAAGAUGGUUCUCUUCGCAUUGUUCGAAAUGGAAUUGGUAUUAAUGAACAGGCAUCUGUAGAACUUCAAGGAAUCAAAGGCAUGUGGUCAUUAAGAUCAGCUACUGAUGAUCAAUAUGACACCUUCUUGGUUGUAAGCUUUAUCAGCGAGACGCGUAUUUUGGCAAUGAAUCUUGAGGAUGAGUUGGAGGAAACUGAGAUAGAAGGAUUUUGUUCACAAGUCCAGACUUUGUUUUGCCAUGAUGCUAUAUAUGAUCAACUUGUCCAGGUUACUUCAAACUCGGUUAGAUUGGUCAGUUCUACCUCCAGAGAGCUGCGUCAUGAAUGGGUUGCUCCUGCAGGGUAUUCGAUCAAUGUAGCUACUGCUAAUGCUACACAGGUUUUACUAGCUACUGGGGGUGGCUAUUUAGUUUAUCUAGAAAUUGGUGAUGGAGUGCUGACAGAAGUAAAACAUGCCCAGUUGGAGUAUGACAUCUCAUGCCUAGACAUAAAUUCAAUUGGUGAUAAUCCAAACUACAGUCAACUUGCAGCAGUUGGAAUGUGGACAGAUAUUAGUGUCAGGAUAUUUUCUCUCCCUGACUUGAAUCUGAUUACGAAGGAACAUUUGGGAGGGGAGAUAAUUCCUCGUUCUGUACUUUUGUGUUCCUUUGAUGGGAUAUCUUACUUGCUAUGUGCUCUUGGAGAUGGUCAUCUAAUAAACUUUGUGUUGAAUGUGAUUACUGGUGAGCUAACGGAUAGGAAAAAAGUCUCCCUUGGGACCCAGCCUAUGACACUUCGAACUUUCUCAUCUAAGAAUGCCACACAUGUUUUUGCUGCGUCCGAUAGGCCAACUGUCAUCUACAGUAGUAACAAAAAGUUACUUUACAGCAAUGUAAAUCUAAAAGAAGUUAGUCACAUGUGCCCGUUCAACUCGGCUGCUUUUCCAGACAGCCUUGCAAUUGCAAAAGAAGGUGAGUUGACUAUUGGCACCAUUGAUGACAUUCAGAAGCUUCAUAUUCGCUCUAUCCCACUUGGGGAGCAUGCACGCCGUAUAUGCCAUCAGGAGCAGACUCGGAGCUUCGCAAUCUGUAGUUUAAAUAACGUGUACUACUGUGUUGGGACUGCAUACGUAAUGCCCGAGGAGAAUGAGCCCACCAAGGGCAGGAUACUGGUUUUUACAGUAGAAGAUGGAAAACUUCAACUAAUUGCGGAGAAAGAAACCAAGGGAGCCGUUUACUCUCUUAAUGCCUUCAACGGGAAACUGCUUGCUGCUAUUAAUCAGAAGAUUCAAUUGUAUAAAUGGAUGCUUCGUGAUGAUGGCUCUCAUGAAUUGCAAUCUGAAUGUGGACAUCAUGGACAUAUUCUUGCACUUUAUGUGCAAACUAGAGGGGAUUUUAUUAUUGUGGGGGAUCUGAUGAAAUCAAUCUCUCUGUUAAUUUACAAGCACGAGGAGGGUGCCAUUGAGGAGCGAGCUCGUGAUUACAACGCAAAUUGGAUGACGGCCAUCGAGAUUCUAGAUGAUGACAUUUAUCUCGGUGCUGAAAAUAAUUUCAACCUCUUUACUGUUCGGAAAAAUAGUGAAGGUGCCACUGACGAGGAACGUGGACGUCUCGAGGUGGUUGGUGAAUACCACCUCGGUGAAUUUGUUAAUCGAUUCAGACAUGGUUCUCUUGUAAUGCGAUUAGCAGAUUCUGAUAUUGGCCAGAUCCCAACUGUCAUUUUUGGCACUGUCAAUGGUGUUAUCGGGGUUAUUGCUUCUCUUCCUUACGAGCAGUAUGUUUUCAUGGAGAAACUGCAAACGAAUCUCAGAAAAGUGAUAAAGGGUGUGGGAGGACUAGGCCAUGAGCAGUGGAGGUCUUUCUACAAUGAGAAGAAAACUUCUGAUGCUAAGAACUUUUUGGAUGGCGAUUUGAUUGAGUCAUUCCUGGAUCUUGGCCGGAAUUGGAUGGAGGAGAUUUCUAAGGCAAUGUGUGUUUCGGUGGAUGAAUUAAUGAAGAGAGUAGAAGAGCUGACUAGGUUACAUUAA